UCAUUGAGUGCGGUUUCCGUGGCUCUAUAAAAUACGCGUUUUCCUGCACGCCCUGAUAUUGCAAUCGCAAUUGUUUUUAUAAAUAUUUAUUGUUCCGGAUUCGCCAUGUGCCAACUGCAAUUGCUCGGUUUCCUGGUCAUCAUUUUGCAUAUUAGCUUUAUUUGCGGUCAAAACCUGCCAUACAUCGCUUGUCCGGAUAUUUUCGAUUACUUGGAAUACCAAAAUCAGUACAUAGGCCAUUUGAAUCUGGUUCUGGAUAGUUCUUUAUCGGAAAACGUAGUGCGUGUGGAACUCUCGCAGCCUGGCAGAAGGACUCCGUCGCACCCGGGAUCUCUUAACUUUUUGGAGAGCGAGGAGUCGCUCAAGUUCCGCUUGAGAAACAAUGAGCCCAUCAACUAUCGGAUUGACUUUCCCACGCCGGGAGUGGUGCCCAAACUAACCAUGGUUUCCGUCAACGGGGAGAUUGUGUGCCAAGCUUCACAGUUUGGGCCUCCUAGCACGAAAUUGUCAUUGUCGCGUACUCUGCGAAGUACUGUUCCUUUGGCGGCACUACCGACACGCCCCCAACAACCGCAGUGGUCCCAAAACCCUCAAAGUAACUGGACAGAAGCCCCCCAGGAACAGGAGCCUCCGCAAAGAGCACAACCACCACCAAGGCCACGUCCGCGUCCACGACCACAAGAAGUACCUCAACCGCAGUUCGCCACCUCACCCAGACCGGUUCCACCACCCCUGAUUCCGCCAGUUCAGGUCACCAGAUCCAGUUCCCGACCCACGACCAUCGGACAGUUAAGGGGAGUCUGCGGUAGGGAGAAGACCAUCCAGACGCCCUACAUCCACCACGGAAUCGAGGUGGAGCGGGGUCAACUGCCCUGGAUGGCGGCUCUUUUCGAGCAGGUCGGCAACGACUAUAACUUCUUGUGCGGCGGAACCCUGAUCUCGGCCAGAACGGUGAUCUCGGCAGCCCAUUGUUUCCGCUUCGGGAGUCGCAGCUUGCCGGGCCAAAGGACAACGGUUUCGCUGGGCCGCAAUACCCUGGAUCUUUUCGCACCCGGAGCCACAAGAGGUGUAUCGCUACUUUUGCUGCACGAAGAGUACAAUCCAAAUGUUUACACAGAUGCGGAUUUGGCCCUCCUGCAGUUGAGCGAACCUGUUGAAUUUGAUGACUAUAUUAAGCCCAUCUGCCUGUGGAACGAGAACUUUCUUCUGGACUUGCCCUCGGGUUACAAGUCCUAUGUGGCUGGCUGGGGAGAGGAUGAGAAGGGCAACCGGAACACCAGGCUGGCCAAGAUGACGGACACGGACAUCAUCACCCAGUCGGAGUGCCGUGGCAAUCUCUCCGCGGAGAACUCCCGGUUCAUUACCUCGCACACAAUCUGCGCCAGCAAUGCUCAGGCUUCGGGACCCUGCAGCGGCGACUCCGGCGGAGGAUUAAUGCUCCAGGAGGAGGACAUCUGGAUGCUGAGGGGAGUGGUCUCCGCCGGACAGCGACUGACCAACCGCUGCAAUCUGACACUGCCCGUGAUCUACACAGAUGUGGCCAAGCACAUCGAGUGGCUGUUGAGGAGCAUGUGGUUUUGAGGGGAAAGAUUAUUAGUGGAAUUGAGUGCCAAAUAAACGUUAACUUAGCUUAUACCAAAA